UUAAACCACACAUUAUGAAAAUAUGAUAUUUAUAGAGAAAACCCUUUCACACUUCAACGUCUGGUUGUUCUCUUAAAGAACCUGAUAAGAGAGCAAUGUGGGAGAGAAAGAAGCACGUGUCAAGAGCUAAAGAGAAGAUUAUAGAAUAUAAAUAGAAAUAGAGUACGAUGGUGAACAUCAUCCUGCGUGAUCAACAUUGUGAGUUUGUUAGAUCAGAGCUGCGACUCUGUUCAAGGUGAUAAGAGAGGAGAACUGUAACUCCAAUCUUAUCAGUUAGGGUUCAUAGUUUGUAUUGAGGAAUUGAGAAGAGAUAAGAGAGAAGAUUUCUUCCUUCAAUCUUAACAAAUGGUGCGCUUGGGAACACGGAUCGAAUCAAACACUGAAGAAAGUUAGGGUUUUUACAAUUUGGGGAUUUUAAUCACAAUGUGUCUUGAGGGAUUUCCAAUCAUCGAUGGUGUUUCUGGUGAAUUGUGACCAUGGCUUUCAUGGAUAGAGGAUUUCUUUAUCCAGGAGGCUUUCAUGGGAGAUGAGAAGCUGAAUCUUGCACAGAGUCUUCUCGAAGGUGACACUGAAGCUUGGUUUUACUGGCGACAAUCACUUUGCACUUUCUCAAGCUGGCAGAAGUUGAAGGAGGCUUUAUUGUUUCAGUUCGGUGAAGAUGACGAUCCAGAGAAGCUUCGAUUGCAAGAAAGGAAUGACCGACUCAUCCAGCAAUGGCGUGAGAACAAAAUACGUAGGGAUGUCACGACGAUCCAACAAGAAUCAAUUCCUUCAGUGGCCAUGAGUCAAGAAACGAACACCGAUGAGAGAUUCCAUGUUCAACAUCAAAUAUCACCGGAGCAAGACGAUGAAAUAGCGGAGAAGAAGAAAGAAGUGGAUUUGUGUUUGGGGAAGAUCACGUCGCAACCGUCGGACAUAAUGCAAUCGCAAGAAGUAUUAAACUGGAAUUGUAACAUGAACACAAGUGUGACAUUGAUUAGCCCUCGGUUAAUCGAUUCUGAUUUUGAGAAAUUGCAAAAUGAUGAUCUAAGGGAAGUGGAAGCCAGUUCUGUGUUAGUCAAGCUAGACAAUGUUGUCAAGAAUAGGAACCAAGAGAAAAAAGCCAUCCAUAAUACUGAGAGUAAUCAACUGGAAUCGAUUCCACAAGUAUCUCAUCAGCUUGUAGAGCUUUCACAUCUUCAGGUAACAAUCCCGACGUUGGAACCUAGCCUUAGGAUUCGAAAUGUAUAUCCAAGUGUUCUUGAGGAUUGGCCAUCUGCUAGUAUGAGGUUCAAUAGUUCACAGUGUCUUGAAUGUGUCAAUGGCAAGCAAUGUACACACCAUGUGUUCGACAGAUUGUGUGAGAGAAGGAAUAAAUUAAAUCAACAUAAGAAGUUGAAUUUGUCUCGUAAAUCAUGGAUGUUUAAGUAUAAAAGGAAGCAUGAACGGUUUGUUAGCUUUGGAGAAGCUACUGGAAGAAAGCACAGAAACAGAGUGCUUACCAUACACCAAAUGUUUACAGCUCCACUUAUAAGGGAAAUUCUUCAUACGGAGGAAAAUAAACUGGUAUUGGAACAGUUGGGUGACACACUUUGUGAAGAUGAUAGGGUCGUGUUGCAAUCUAAUAUUGAAGCUACUGUCUCUUAAUCAGAAGCACUUCUACGACAUUUGGCCACUUCUGCUAUCAAAGUCACCAAAGUUGUACCUACAUCGCAUAAGAUUCAUGAUCUUGACAUGGAGAAUAGGCCGGAUUAUAUGCUUGAAAGGGUACUGGAGCGGAUCAUGAAAAGAGACAUUCAUAUUAUGCAUCUUACUCCAUUUGCAGGAAAUAAAUCUGGAGAAACUAAGAGUGAGAGGAUGCAGGUUGUGUGUGUAUUUAGCUUCCAGGUAAGGUGCAUCUGCACUAAGUUUUGUAUGCUCAAGUGUCACAAAAAACUUUAUUUUUCAGUGUGGCAUUGUUGGAAGAGCAAGGCUGAGGAGAUCCAGUCAGUUUCAAGGCUUUUAUGGUUGGGAUUGACAACUACAGUGUUGAAGCAUAUAUUACAGAUAUAUCUCCGGUUGAAGAAGCCAAAAUUGGUCAAAACUUGGCAUUACAAGUACAAAACUAAGAGCCAUGGGAUAGACAUGGAAGUGACUAUGCAACAGACAUUGCCUCUCAAGUGUGGCCACAUUGGAGAAUGCUGCAUGACACUAAUCAUGGGUUUAUUGCAUAAAUUGUAUUACAUGCUGUAUGUGAGCAGAUUUUACAAAAGACUUGAGAGAAUAACGGGUUCAAUAAGUUCUGCAAGUGCCUGCUCCAUCAGAUGGCCCAUUUAAAGUAGUGACUUGUUUGCAGCCGGCUGCAGUUUGGCUGUCCUUCCCUCAUGCUUCGGGAAUCUCUAUGAGGUUGCUUCCAUUCUUGUUUCUUCACUUGUACCAAAAUGCUACGACACAAGCUUGAGGACAAGCUUGUUUAAAUGGGGGGAGUAUUGAUAAGAGAGAAAUGUGGGAGAGAAAGAAGCACGUGUCAUGAGCUAAAGAGAAGAUUAUAGAAUAUACAUAGAAACAGAGUACGAUGGUGAACAUCAUCCUGCGUGAUCAACAAUGUGAGUUUGUUAGAUCAGAGCUGCGACUCUGUUCAAGGUGAUAAGAGAGGAGAACUGUAACUCCAAUCUUAUCAUUUAGGGUUCAUAGUUUGUAUUGGGGAAUUGAGAAGAGAUAAGAGAGAAGAGUUCUUCCUUCAAUCUUAACAGAACCUUUCUCUUAUUGAGAUUAACUCUUUUCUGGCUUCACUAGUUGCCAAACAAUUCGUAGGUGAUUCUUCACAACACCGAAGUCCUACAGCAAAAACCAGUGUCAAGCACUCAACAAUAGGGAAAAUGACCCUCAGACCGCUCUGGAAAAUCGAUUUGUCUGCAAUGUCCAAUAUUCUUUCUGGCAACGCCGACUUUGCGUAGCUGUGCAGGGUGAAGUUUUCACCAAAUAAAUCAUUGGUUGGCUGUCUUCCAGUGAAUAUUUCCAAAAUGAGAACCCCAAAGCUGUACAUA